AUGGCGGAAGCUUCUCAAAGCCAGAAGUGCUUGGCAUUGGAUGAGCGGAAUCGGUCACCUUCCAUGAAAGAUUCAGGGUUGGCGAACUCUUCACAACCAGGCCAGUCUGUCACUGAAAACACCUCUCUAUAUCCAUCACCACGUUUUUCGAAGAUUCCUUCAGAGCUCGUUACUAUAGAAAAAGUCGUUGGUCAAACUCAAAAGACUGGACUUGAAAUAGCGGAAGCUUCUCAAAGCCAGCAGUAUCUGGCAUUGGAUAAGCGGAAUCGGUCACCUUCCAUGACAGAUGCAGGGCGGGCGACCUGUCCACAACCGGGCCAGUCUGGCACUGAAUACGCCUCCCUAUAUUCAUCACCACGCUGUUGGGAGAUUCCCGCAGAGCUUGUGACGAUAGAAAAGGUCGUUGGUGAAGGGGCUUUUAGUCAGGUUGCCAGGGCAACAGUCAUAGGCCUCCAGGGGAGACCAAAGAAGACGCUUGUGGUUGUUAAGAUGUUGAAAGAUGACGCUUCUGAGUCGGACAGGAAGGACUUGAUGUCCGAACUUCGAUUGAUGAAGGAACUCGAUGCUCAUCCUCAUGUCACUGAACUUCUGGGAUGUGUCACGAAAUCUGAGCCAUUGAUGGUGUUGAUUGAAUACAUUCCCUAUGGAGAUUUAUUGGGAUACCUCAGAAAUAGCCGUGGAUUGAAUGAUACUUACUUCGAAGACCCGGAUAUCAAACCACAAACAAAUCUGACGUCAGAGCAGCUUAUGAAGUUUGCGUGGCAAGUUGCCGAUGGAAUGUCGUAUUUGUCAUCGAUACCAAUUAUCCAUCGAGACCUUGCAGCUCGUAAUGUGUUCGUUGGAGCGGGGGAAACGUGUAAAGUGACAGACUUUGGUAUGGCCAGAGAUGUCCUAGAUGAUAACAUUUAUCAAAUGAGGUCAAAGGGACGCAUCCCUCUGAAGUGGACAGCUUUUGAGGCGCUGCUUUACGGGAAAUAUUCUACCAAAAGUGACGUGUGGAGCUACGGAGUUCUCCUCUAUGAGAUUUUCACGAUUGGUGGCUCGCCGUAUCCAAAAAUGGAUGGAAGACAAAUUUUAACAUCGCUAGAAGCGGGAUACAGAAUGCCUAGACCACAGCACGUGGAUAAUAAGUUGUAUGACUUAAUGACAAACUGUUGGAAACACGACCCUAACUUGAGACCAUCUUUUGAGGAUAUGAGGAACACACUGAAAGAAAUGGAAGACCACCAUAAGGGCCUAAUAAAUUUAGAAAAUUACGAUGAUCGACUCUAUGUUAAUGUUGACCAUCUUGCCGAGUAAGCGAUUGCAUCCUCAUGGAGCACAGGAUGGAUUGAUAAAUCUGAGAUUAUAUGCUUUUUUGGAUGAGGUUUUAGUCUUUCAUGUGUUAAUUAAGCAAGUACAGAAACAAAAAAUAACAGCGACGUGAGGCAAAG